UGAGGCGGCGCAGAGGUGAACUUUCUGGAAGCGGCGGGGCGCUGUUUCUUCGGGGCGCGCGUUGUCCUCGGGGGAGCCGUCGCCUGAGGAAGCCGGGCGGAGGAGGAGGAGGAGGAAAGGGGGCAACGGGACGAUGAACCACAAGAGCAAGAAGCGCAUCCGCGAAGCCAAGCGGAGUGCUCGCCCCGAGCUCAAGGACUCCCUGGACUGGACCCGCCAUAACUACUGCGAGAGCUUCCCGUUGAACCCGGCGCUCUGCAAGGAUAAUGUGGAAAGAGCAGAUGCACUCCAUUUGUCAGUGGAAGAAUUCAUUGAACGUUAUGAGAAGCCUUACAAACCUGUUGUCCUGCUAAAUGCUCAGAUGGGAUGGCCAGCCCACGAGAAAUGGACUUUAGAACGUCUGAAGCGGAAGUACAGGAACCAGAAAUUCAAGUGUGGGGAGGACAAUGAUGGUUAUUCUGUGAAGAUGAAGAUGAAGUAUUAUAUUGAGUAUAUGGAGACCACACAUGAUGACAGCCCACUCUAUAUAUUUGACAGCAGCUAUGGAGAACAUCCUAAACGCAGGAAACUUCUGGAAGAUUACAGGGUGCCCAAAUUUUUUACAGAUGACCUGUUCAAAUAUGCAGGAGAGAAGAGAAGGCCACCCUACAGGUGGUUUGUGAUGGGCCCACCUCGAUCAGGAACAGGCAUUCACAUUGACCCACUAGGUACCAGUGCCUGGAAUGCCUUAGUCCAGGGACACAAGCGCUGGUGCCUUUUCCCUACCAGCACUCCUAGAGAGCUGAUCAAAGUGACUCGUGAAGAAGGAGGGAACCAGCAAGAUGAAGCCAUCACUUGGUUCAGAAUAAUAUAUCCUCGAACUCAGCUUCCCACUUGGCCUUCUGAGUUUAAACCGUUGGAAGUUGUGCAAAAGCCAGGAGAAACUGUUUUUGUACCAGGUGGCUGGUGGCAUGUAGUUCUUAACCUUGACACAACCAUUGCUGUCACUCAGAACUUUGCCAGUUGUACAAACUUCCCUGUGGUGUGGCACAAAACAGUAAGGGGAAGGCCAAAAUUAUCAAGAAAAUGGUACAGAGUCCUAAAGCAGGAACAUCCUGAAUUGGCCGCACUGGCAGAUUCUGUUGACCUACAAGAAUCAACAGGCAUUGCUUCUGACAGUUCCAGUGAUUCCUCUAGCUCUUCAAGCUCCAGUUCUUCAGAUUCUGAUUCAGAGUGUGAUUCUAGCUCAGAGACGGAAGGAAUGAUGCAUCGAAGGAAAAAACGGAGAACCUGCACCAUGAUGGGGAAUGGUGAUACAACUUCCCACGAUGACUGUGUCAGCAAAGAGCGCAGCUCCUCCAGAAUUAAAUUGGCAGUGUUCAAGUACAGAAGUGCUGCUCCCUAAAAUGGAUUCACUUCGUACUUGCAGAGAAGGAUUAGGGAAUCUUGUGGAAGCCGUGCUCAUCCCUGAGAGAUAACAAGACCCCAUCUAAAGGCAGUCACAGCCAGCCAGAUGUCUUCUAUUCCUUCCCUCAGCUGUAUGCUUGGAGUUUUCUCAAAUCUUCACCAUUAUUCUUUAAACUGUUUGAAAUUCAGUCUUCUGCUUACUUCCAAAUCUGACUGCUUGUUAACUGAAGGAGAAAACUAGAGAUUUCUGUGUAUUCAAACCUCUUCUUCUGCACUCCAUGAAACAGUUACACUAAACAACGGAAGACAAGGCUGUCCUUUCCAAUGUUAUGCAGUGUGUCACAACUUCUUAAUGUCAACAAAGGAAAUACAGUAGAGACUUUAUAUUAACAGAGUUAUCUUAAAAAUGAGCAGGUAGAGCAUGGAAGCCUAUGCCCUGCUUCAAUAUUGUCUUAUGUUUACAAGUUGAGUUCUCAUGCACUAUUGUUGAAGGUUAGAACUACAGUCUCCACUUCGUGUAACUGGCCAGCAGAUCUUCAGUAGAGUACAAGAGGAAAAAGACUAGCCUUGUUAUGUUUGUCUGAGGUGAUUCUUCUAUUGUGUAAAUGAUCACCUGUAAGCAGCACCUUUUUGUAAUACUUGUUGUUAGGUAACAACAAACCAACCAUGGACUAAUUAGACUUAAGUAAAAUGUAACACAUCUGAACCAGCAGUUCAUCACCAUGAUUACAUGUGCUUUAUGUUUUAGUAAGUGAACAAACUUGCUGGUAUUUUGUCAUCAGUUUGGGAGCCUGAUCUGAAAAAAAAGUGAGUAUGGGAGAAGUUAUAACUGCCUCAUUUUCAUCUCCCUGUGGGAGUUUCUGGAAAUGUUAUAUGAGGGCAGAAGGUUUUUUUUAAAGUGAUAAUAAGGAAUGGAUGGAGUUUGAAUAAAUAAAAUUAAAAUUCCUCUUUAUAUAGAACUGUAUUUCUAGGGCAUGGAAACAUCUUGCUCCAAUCUGCUGUUGUAGUAUGGCAGGUAUUUAAGGUGUCUGAUUUUUAUUGUUAAGAUGUGACUGUGUGUAUUCCAUAGCAGUGGAAUUGAUUAAGGAUAUGUUUCUGUUUCAAUGCUUUUCCUUGUUGUUAGUGGAGAUGCAUAUUAUGUUAAAAAAACAGGCCUUGUGCCUCCCUAUACAACCAUAAUCCUGUCCUAGCUUUGAAAGUUUACAGGAUAGGGAAAGGUCCUGUCCCCAGUAACAUUUGAGAAUGAGUUGAGUGAUUAUGUGAAUCUGCUUGCAUUUUGAGAGGUAACAUGAAGGAUGUUUUUAUUUUGUUAAUGCCUAGCAAAUAGGUCAUGUCCCUUCAGUUUUACCCAUACUUUCAAUGUGUGCCAAAAUACUACCAUAUCAUUGAAGCAGGGAUCCAAAUAACACUCACCAGCCUUAAUUUCAUACAAGCACGAAAUACAUUUUUGGGUGAGCGCUGAGAUAUUAAAAAGCUGAACUUCCCUUGUGUCCCAAUAAUACUUUCCCCCAGCUUUGUUCUUAAGCUAGUUUUGUGAAAUGGGGUAAUCUUUGUAAAAUCAGGUAAUUUUUGCAUUACAUUUUUUAAGCAUAACUUUGGAUUGUACAAUUUGUUUUGGAAGGUAUUUCUGUGGAACUUGACAUCUUCCAGUGUUCUGCAAUCUGAUACCAGGAAUUCAGAACCAUGGAGCCAGGUGAUGAGCAAAGGUGCCCAGCCAUAUGACUUGGACUGAUAACAGUUGCCACUGCUGCUGGAACACAAUAAGUUGCUGGCAGACCACUAGUCCAUCUAGUCCAGUAUUGUUUUCUCACUGGAAGAGAUAUUUCCUUGCCCUGUUCUUUUUCUCACCGUGGCUAGGAUGCAACAUUUCUCUGAGCAUUAAAGGUCAGGGAGAUGCCUACCCCUGCCCUCAUUUCUUUGCUUUGAAAAGCAGCUCAUCAGGCUGUGGUCCUGCAGAACAGAAUGAGAAAUGGCAUGGAGUGUUGCAGAAGGGUAACAGAAAAGUAACUUCCUUCAGGGUGGUUUUGUUAGAUUUUAAUCCUGUUUGCAAAUGGGAGGAGUUUUUCAAUUUACAGAAUCCCAUUGUGGAUUAGCUCAUUGUGUUUCUUGAUACUGAUGACUUAAACUGGAACAUUCUACAUGCCAUAGUAUGAUACAGGCUUACAUGCUUUCAAAUUGAAAUUUAGGAUCUUGGAGGUAUUCCUCUUAAAUAAUUUUUCUGUAAAAAAAGGCUUAAUAUAUUAAAUGCCACAUAGUGUGUUUUGUGGGGCCAUUGUGCACUAGGUAUGCAAGGUACAUCUUUACUUGGAAAUCUAAUGGAUGUGUUCAUGAUCAUGAGUUUCAUAUGCAUCAGUUUAGUCAUGCAUUUAUUUAAAUAUCAAAUAUUUAUUGAUUUAAUAAUCAGUAAGGUGAUCUUGAACAAGUGCAGGCUACAUUUUCUAGGUGGAAUCGAUCAGAGGACUCACUGCUGAGUAGGUUGUCCUACCUUUCUCCUCUUAGAUAAAAAUGGUUUUUAAAAAGAAAUGAAAAGUGUCUAGUUUGUGUCAAAAACAACUUGAAUCGUGGCAUUUCAGGGUAAAAUUUGUGAUGGCUGUCCUUUUUAGCAGUAGUAGCCACAGGCAACUGGUGCUGGUGGUGCUCAGCUGUAGUUGAUGUUGUCAUGUCUUUUUAACUAUCUUUCUCAAUAUUGAUGAGAUGUGCUCAUUUAUAGAAACUAUUUACCUCUGAUGUUAUUGUAAUAGGCAAUAUUUUUUAUUCUAGAACCCCGAAUAGGUGAGAAAAUAGACCCAUUAAACAUCAUCUUUCUUU